AUGUCUCUGGACAAAAUACUUGAAGACGUUACGCUUAAACGCUAUUCGCAGAAUGAAAUUGUAAACCGCACGAUUGUCGGCAACGGUGGGUUUGGCGUGGUAUAUAAGGCACAGUUGAAGCAUACAGACGUAAAUGUUGCAUUGAAGAUGUUAUUUACGAACGAGGAGCAGGAUUCGUGUGAGAAGUUGGUUAAAGAGUUAAAAACUCACAAGAUGGUAGAUGACCAUCCAAAUGUUAUCCGCUGUUUUGGUUUAUACAUAGGUAAAAAAAAUGUUAAAUACAUUGAAUUUGAUUUAUAUUUCGAGAUUCAUGGUUUGUUUGUUUGA